AUGGCUCGCAUAGUGUCCAAGCAGUUCCGAAAGGUCAUCCUUUUCUUUCGUGUCUUCCCCGCUCAUAGCGCGGGCAUGAAUCACAAUGGCAUUUCCGUAUUCCAAGAUGCCGAACCAGAAAGAGACCAGUUUCACUUCCGCUUGGGGCCAAGCACCAUUUACCGUAUAGCAAGCGUCAGCAAGUACGAUGUGGCCAUGGAGACAAAAAACAAUCCGCGCCUCAUGGAAGUUAUGCAUCACUGCCUCGGCCUCAGAGAUGGAGACGCGGCGUCGCAGAGCCCUGGGCCAACAGAGUCGCGCAGGUGCGCCAUGUGGAUCCCUGAGAACAAGAGAAAUGAGAAUGCGUCUGACGAUGCCACUACUGCAAUACAUGCGAACAAUUCCGCAGUGAUGUUCCGUCAGACCAUCACGGCGAGGAAAGACUGCUCAGGAAAAGAUGCCGUGUCAAGCAAAUACAAAAUGAGUCCACGUCGAAAUUGA